AUGGUCCCCAAUGAAGCCACUCAAUAUAUGGGGAUUGUCCGAUUGCUUCUCCAUUUUGGAUGGACCUGGGUUGGGCUCUUUGCUGUGGAGGAUGGCAGUGGAGACCAUUUCAUGCAGGCCAUGGAACCAUUGCUUUCCCACAAUAGAAUCUGUUUGGCUUUUACACAAAGAAUUCCAAGCAAAACACAUUUUAAUGAGGUGAAGGUACGUGACGGCAUAUUCUCAAAGCUCUAUCUACUUUUCACAGAGAGCAAAGCCAGUACAUUUAUCCUCUAUGGAGAAACAAAGAACUUUAUGUGGCUGCACUAUUUUAUCAAAAUAAUAGCUAAAUCAUAUCAGAACAUCACAUCUGUUUUCAGAAAGGUGUGGAUUAUAGCAGCCCAGAUUGAGUUUGCAUCCAAAGGCAUUCUAAAUGAUUUCAAUUUCCAACUCUUCCAAGGUGCCAUUUUCUUCACCAUUCACUCAAAGGAGCUUCUAGGGUUCCAGAAAUUUCUGAAGGCCCUGGGACCUUAUUGGGCACAAGGAGAUGGUUUCCUCAGUUACUUCUGGGAGCAAGCCUUUGACUGUUCAAUUCCAAAUCCCGGGGAGCUGACAAAGGUAGAUGGAGCAUGCACUGGGAAAGAGAGACUGGAGAGCCUUCCUGGGUCUGCUUUUGAAAUGGACAUGACUGGCCACAGCUACAGUAUCUAUAAUGCUGUCUAUGUGGUGGCACAUGCUUUGCACACCCUUUAUUCAUCCGGGUCCAAACGCAGAGCAAUGCCGGGUGAUAAAAAACCCAGACUUCAAGAACUCAAUCCUUGGAAGCUCCAUCCAUUUCUUCAAGGCACUUCAUUUAACAAUGUAGCUGGAGAAUCAAUGUAUUUUAAUGAUAAAAAGGAAAUGGUAGCUGGAUUUGAUAUAAUAAAUCUUCAUAUAUUCCCAAACGACUCCUUCCUUAAAGUGAAAGUUGGAAGGAUGGAGCCCAGUGAAGGAAACCAGUUCAUCAUUAAUAAGGAUGUAAUUUUGUGGCACACAAGAUUUAACCAGGUGUUGCCCCUUUCAGUGUGCAGUGACUCCUGCCCCCCUGGUUUUCACAAGAAAAAGAGGGAAGGAGAAAAAUUUUGCUGCUAUGAUUGUGCUCUGUGCCCAGAAGGGAAGAUUUCCAACCAAAAGGACAUGAAUGAAUGUUUCAAAUGCCCAGAAGAUCAAUAUCCAAACAAGGACAAAGAUGGAUGCAUCCCUAAAACUAUAAGCUUUCUAUCUUAUGAUGAACCCUUGGGCAUCAGUUUAGCAUCAGUAGCUGUUUCUUUUGCCUUGAUCACAGCUUUGGUGCUAGCAACAUUUAUUAGGCAUAAAGAAACCCCCAUUGUCAAAGCCAACAACAGAGACAUCACAUAUGCCCUCCUUGGCUCCCUCCUGCUCUGCUUCUUCUGCCCUUUUCUAUUUCUUGGACAGCCGGGGAUUGUGACCUGCUUUUUCCAACAAUCUGCUUUUGGCAUCAUCUUCUCAGUGGCUGUCUCUUGUGUGUUGGCCAAAACCAUCACUGUGGUUGUAGCUUUCAUGGCCACCAAGCCAGGGUCCAGCAUGAGGAAGUGGGUGGGGAAAAAACUAGCCAACUCCAUUGUCCUUUCCUGCUCGCUUAUUCAAGCAGGCAUUUGUGCUGUGUGGCUGGGAACCUCUCCGCCUUUCCCAGAUUUGGACAUGCAGUCACUAACUGGAGAAAUCAUAGCAGAAUGUAACCAAGGGUCCACCACCAUGUUUUAUCUUGUUCUGGGCUACAUGGGACUUCUCUCCUUCACCAGCUUCACUGUGGCUUUCUUAGCCAGGAAACUGCCAGACAGUUUUAAUGAAGCCAAGUUCAUCACCUUCAGUAUGCUGAUGUUCUGCAGCGUUUGGUUGUCUUUUGUCCCAACCUACCUAGGCACCAAGGGGAAAUAUAUGGUUGUUGUGGAGAUCUUCUCUAUCUUAGCCUCCAGUGCUGGGCUACUGUGUUGUAUCUUUCUCCCCAAGUGCUACAUAAUUGUGCUGAGGCCUGAUCUGAAUACCAAGGAGCAGCUGAUAAGGAGAAAGAACUAA